AUGUCCUACAACGAUCAAAACGCUAACUACCACGAUCAGCCGGGCUACGUGCCGGGCCACGAUCAACAGCAGGAGUACGCCGCCGAUCCAUACCAGGGCUACGGACAGCAGCCUCAGUAUGAUGAGUACGGCCAGCCGAUCUACCCGGACGGUCAGUACGAUGUGGACGCAGGUGCACACUACGACCCCAACUCUGCGGACUACUACGCCCAGCAGGGCUACGAUCCGGAGCAGAUGGACUACUCCAACGCGGGCUACUACGAGCAGCCUCGCGGUAUGGGCCAGGACCCUGAGAACUUCUCAGAUUUCAGCUACGGUCCACCAGCCACACCCGGCUACGAUAGCUAUGGCACUCCAAGUGCCGGCCAGUACACACCAUCGCAAAUGAGCUACGCUGAUCCAAGAUCCUCGGGUGCCUCCACCCCAAUUUACGGUGGCGAAGGGUUCGACGCUUCCGCUAUGGCGAUGGCUCUACCAAAUGAACCUUACCCAGCUUGGACUGCAGACGACCAGUCCCCUGUGACCGUUGAACAAAUCGAAGAUGUGUUCAUUGAUUUAGCUAACAGGUUUGGCUUCCAAAGAGAUUCGAUGAGAAACAUGUUUGACCACUUUAUGGUCUUGCUAGAUUCUAGAGCUUCCAGAAUGUCUCCCCAACAGGCAUUACUCUCGUUGCAUGCGGACUACAUCGGUGGUGACACCGCCAACUACAAGAAGUGGUACUUUGCUGCCCAGCUUGACAUGGACGACGAAGUUGGUUUCCGUAACAUGGGUCUAGGUAAGUUGUCCAGGAAAGCCAGAAAGGCAAAGAAGAAGAAUAAGAAGGCCAUGGAAGAGGCCAAUGCUGAAGACACCGAGGCCACAUUGAAUCAACUAGAAGGUGACAAUUCUCUAGAGGCCGCCGAUUUCAGAUGGAAAGCUAGAAUGAAUAAACUAUCACCACUGGAAAUGGUUCGUCAUGUUGCCCUUUACUUGUUGAUUUGGGGUGAAGCUAACCAGGUCAGAUUUACUCCAGAAUGUUUGUGUUUCUUAUACAAGUGUGCCUCAGAUUAUUUGGACUCUCCACUAUGUCAACAACGUAGAGAUCCAAUGCCCGAAGGUGAUUACCUAAAUAGGAUCAUCACUCCGCUUUACCGUUAUUUGAGAUCUCAAGUUUAUGAAGUACUUGACGGUCGUUUCGUGAAGCGUGAAAAGGAUCAUAACAAGGUUAUUGGUUACGAUGAUGUGAACCAACUUUUCUGGUACCCAGAGGGUAUUGCGAAAAUCGUAUUCGAGGAUGGUACUCGUUUAAUCGAUUUGCCAGCUGAAGAACGUUACUUAAGAUUAGGUGAUGUUGUCUGGGACGAUGUAUUCUUCAAAACUUAUAAGGAAACACGUUCUUGGUUCCAUUUGGUCACGAACUUUAACCGUAUUUGGAUUAUUCAUGGUUCUAUCUAUUGGAUGUACGUCGCUUACAACGCUCCAACAUUUUACACACACAACUACCAACAACUGGUCGAUAAUCAACCGGUGGCUGCCUAUAGAUGGGCCUCGUGUGCUUUGGCGGGAUCUUUCGCAUCGUUAAUUCAAUUGAUUGCGACCGUGACAGAGUGGUUUUUUGUUCCUAGAAAGUGGGCAGGCGCUCAGCACUUGUCCCGUCGUUUUUGGUUUUUGGCUCUUAUUUUCGGUGUCAACUUAGGUCCCAUCAUUUUCGUCUUUGCUUAUGAUCCGGUGAAUGUUAAAUCUAAAGCUGCUCACGUUGUGGCUGCAGUGAUGUUUUUCGUUGCGGUUGGUACUAUUGUAUUUUUCUCAAUUAUGCCACUUGGGGGGUUGUUCACUUCCUAUAUGAAAAAAUCUACCAGGCGUUACGUUGCAUCACAGACUUUCACCGCUUCUUUCGCUCCGCUAGAAGGGCUAGAUAGAUGGAUGUCGUAUUUAUUAUGGUGUACAGUUUUCGGAGCCAAAUUUGGAGAGUCCUAUUACUUUUUGAUCAGAUCCUUGGUAGAUCCUUUGAGAAUUUUAUCUACAACCACUAUGAGAUGUACUGGUGAAUACUGGUUCAAGGGUGACGUUUUGUGCAAACAACAACCAAAAGUUGUGCUUGCCUUGAUGAUAGCCACCGAUAUGAUUUUAUUUUUCCUUGAUACUUACAUGUGGUACGUUGUUUGUAACAUGGUGUUCUCUAUUGGCCGGUCUUUCUAUUUGGGUAUCUCUAUCUUGACGCCUUGGAGAAAUAUUUUCACCAGAUUACCAAAGAGAAUUUACUCCAAGAUUUUGGCUACUACAGACAUGGAGAUUAAGUACAAACCUAAGGUUUUGAUCUCUCAAGUUUGGAAUGCAAUUAUCAUUUCGAUGUACAGAGAACAUUUGUUAGCCAUAGAUCAUGUUCAAAAGUUGCUAUACCAUCAAGUUCCAUCUGAAAUUGAAGGGAAAAGGACUCUCAGAGCACCAACUUUCUUUGUCUCGCAGGAUGAUAACAACUUCGAAACGGAAUUCUUCCCAAGAAAUUCGGAGGCUGAACGUCGUAUCUCGUUUUUUGCCCAAUCAUUGGCCACUCCUAUUCCAGAACCGCUACCUGUUGAUAACAUGCCAACAUUCACAGUUUUGACCCCACAUUACUCUGAAAGAAUUCUGCUAUCUUUGAGAGAGAUUAUUCGUGAGGAUGACCAAUUCUCUAGAGUCACUCUUUUGGAAUAUUUGAAACAAUUGCAUCCUGUCGAAUGGGAUUGUUUUGUUAAGGAUACGAAGAUCUUAGCUGAGGAGACUGCCGCCUAUGAAGGCAAUGAGGAAGAUCCAGAGAAAGAAGAUGGCCUCAAGUCUCAAAUUGAUGAUUUACCAUUUUACUGUAUUGGUUUCAAAUCUGCUGCUCCUGAGUAUACACUUCGUACCCGUAUCUGGGCUUCCUUGAGAUCUCAGACUUUGUAUCGUACCGUAUCAGGUUUCAUGAAUUAUGCUAGAGCCAUAAAACUGCUCUAUCGUGUUGAGAAUCCUGAAAUCGUCCAAAUGUUUGGUGGUAAUGCGGAAGGUUUAGAAAGGGAAUUGGAAAAGAUGGCCAGAAGAAAGUUCAAGUUCUUGGUAUCUAUGCAAAGAUUGGCUAAAUUUAAACCAUAUGAAUCGGAGAACGCUGAGUUUUUGUUAAGAGCUUAUCCUGAUCUGCAAAUUGCUUACUUGGAUGAAGAACCUCCUUUGAAUGAAGGCGAAGAACCUCGUAUUUACUCUGCCUUGAUCGAUGGUCACUGUGAAAUUUUGGAAAAUGGUCGUAGACGUCCAAAGUUCAGAGUUCAACUAUCUGGUAAUCCUAUCUUGGGUGAUGGUAAGUCCGACAAUCAAAACCAUGCAAUGAUUUUCUACAGAGGUGAAUAUCUACAAUUGAUUGAUGCCAAUCAAGAUAAUUACUUGGAAGAAUGUUUGAAAAUCCGGUCGAUCUUGGCUGAAUUUGAAGAACUGAAUGUUGAACAAGUUAAUCCGUACGCUCCUGAAUUGAAAUAUGAAGAACAAACCACUAAUCACCCAGUCGCUAUUGUUGGUGCCAGAGAAUAUAUUUUCUCUGAGAACUCUGGUGUUUUAGGUGACGUUGCUGCUGGUAAGGAACAAACUUUUGGUACGCUUUUUGCAAGAACUCUCGCUCAAAUCGGUGGUAAACUUCAUUAUGGUCACCCUGAUUUCAUUAACGCUACUUACAUGACUACUAGAGGUGGUGUCUCUAAAGCCCAAAAAGGUCUACAUCUGAAUGAAGAUAUUUAUGCUGGUAUGAACGCCAUACUACGUGGUGGUCGUAUUAAGCACUGUGAAUAUUAUCAGUGUGGUAAAGGUAGAGAUUUGGGUUUCGGUACUAUUUUGAACUUUACCACAAAAAUUGGUGCUGGUAUGGGUGAGCAGAUGUUAUCUCGUGAGUACUACUAUUUGGGUACACAAUUACCAAUUGAUCGUUUCUUGUCUUUUUACUUUGCGCACCCUGGUUUCCAUUUGAAUAACUUGUUUAUUCAGUUGUCUUUACAAAUGUUCAUGCUAACUCUGAUGAAUAUGAAUGCAAUGGCUCAUGAAGCGAUCAUGUGUAGCUACGAUAAGAACAAACCUAAGACUGAUGUGUUAUAUCCAUUAGGAUGUUACAAUUUCUCUCCAGUUGUUGACUGGGUUAGACGUUACACUUUAUCGAUCUUUAUCGUUUUUUUCAUAUCUUUCAUCCCUAUCGUUGUCCAGGAAUUGAUUGAACGUGGUGUUUGGAAAGCUACGCAAAGAUUUUUCAGACAUUUGUUAUCAUUGUCUCCAAUGUUCGAAGUGUUUGCCGGUCAAAUUUAUUCAUCCUCACUUUUGAGUGAUUUGACUGUGGGUGGUGCGCGUUACAUUUCUACUGGUCGUGGUUUUGCAACGUCGCGUAUCCCAUUCUCAAUUCUGUACUCGAGAUUUGCCGGCUCUGCCAUUUACAUGGGCUCUAGAAGUAUGUUGCUACUGCUGUUUGGGUCAGUAGCUCAUUGGCAAGCUCCGCUAUUGUGGUUCUGGGCUUCGUUGUCCUCUUUGAUGUUCUCGCCUUUUAUCUUCAAUCCUCAUCAGUUCUCUUGGCAAGAUUUCUUCCUAGACUACAGAGAUUUCAUUAGAUGGCUUUCCAGAGGUAACAACAAAUACCACAAGAACUCAUGGAUUGGCUACGUUAGAAUGUCGAGAUCCCGUAUCACAGGUUUCAAACGUAAACUGGUCGGUGAUGAAUCUGAAAAAACUGCUGGUGAUGCUGCCAGAGCUCACAAGAGUAACUUGAUUUUGGCCGAUAUCAUACCAUGUGCUAUUUACGCAGGUGGUUGCUUCAUUGCCUUCACCUUUAUCAAUGCACAAACUGGUGUUAAAGAUGCCACCAUGGUAAACUCUAUUUUGCGUAUUGUGAUCUGUACUUUGGCUCCAAUCGGUGUCAAUAUGGGUGUUCUAUUCUUCUGUAUGGGAAUGUCUUGUUGCUCAGGUCCUUUGUUUGGUAUGUGCUGCAAGAAGACUGGUUCUGUCAUGGCAGGCUUCGCUCACGGCGUUGCAGUCAUUGUUCAUAUCGUGUUCUUCAUUGUUAUGUGGGUUUUGGAAAACUUCAACUUUGCCAAGAUGUUGGCCGGUGUCGCCACUUGCUUGUACUGUCAAAGAUUGAUCUUCAAGUGUAUCACAGUUUUCAUGCUUACACGUGAAUUUAAGAACGAUCAUGCUAAUACCGCUUUCUGGACAGGUAAGUGGUAUGGUACUGGACUUGGCUACAUGGCUUGGACUCAGCCAUCUAGAGAAUUUGCCGCUAAGGUUGUUGAACUUUCACAAUUUGCCGGCGACUUUAUCUUAGGCCACAUCCUUUUGAUUUGUCAGCUACCUGUUCUCUGCAUACCAUACAUUGAUAAGUUCCACUCCAUCAUGUUGUUCUGGUUGAAACCAUCUCGUCAAAUCCGCCCUCCAAUCUACUCUUUGAAGCAAACUAGAUUGCGUAAGCGUAUGGUCAGAAAGUACUGUUCUCUUUACUUCUUGGUUUUGGCCAUCUUUGCUGGAUGCAUUAUAGGUCCAGCGGUUGCUUCUAGUCAUGUUAACAUCGACCUUUCUACCUCUGACCUUCCUGACCUAUUGACGAACAUUGUUCAACCAAGAAAGCAAGACAACAAUGAUACUGGUCCUGCUAUGACAACAAUGUCAGGUCACUACUUCUCGAGUACCCCCUCCAUUGCUUCCUACUCAACUAAAGCUUAA